AUGGCAAACGAAACCAACUUGGCAGCAGAGGCGGCGCAAUCUACCGACUAUGUCGACGAUUUGUUCGAUUACGAUGUCGGUCUUGACGACAUCCUGCAGGAAAUCAAUGCCAAUACGAGCAGAUCAAAUCAACCGAAGCCAUCAGCCCAGCCGGAUAACUCAGGGGUAGUCCUCGGUCUUGAUGAGGAGGUCAAAGUCGCCAAAAAGAGACAACCUAUCGCCAAACUAGAUGAGAACAGACUGCUCACACAAGCUGGAAUCCCAAAGUUGCGGCGCUCCGCCAGGAAAAACCUAAAGUUCAAGGGUAGGGGACAUGAGUUCUCUGACUUGGCUCGCCUUUUGAACUUUUACCAACUAUGGCUUGAUGAUCUAUUUCCCCGCGCCAAAUUUGCGGAUGGCCUAGCUAUGAUUGAGCGACUUGGUCAUUCCAAACGUCUGCAGACUAUGCGACGAACUUGGAUAGACGAGGAAAAGCCAAAGCCCGCGGAUGAUGCUCCGAACAACGACCUGUCGGCGACAGAAAGCAGCCAAUCGAUACUAAAGGACACCUCGCGGUCGCCUGGAGGAUUAACUGAGGUGGACGUGGACGAGGAUUUGUUUAUACGGGAUAGUACCAACAAUCAGCCGUUAGCCAACGAAGCCGGUGCCCCGCCGGAUGAUGAUGAGUUUGACGAACUUGAUGCAUUGUUGAAAGAACAUAGAGACGAGCCGGACCUUGGAAAGCCUACCUCACCCAGAGCCCCUGGAACUGACAGUGGUCCGCCAGAUGAGGAUGAUUUUGAUGAACUAGACGCUCUACUGAGAGAACAUGAAGAUGAACAUGACGUGGCAAACAUGCGACCUAAGGAGCCUAAGAAUGAAUCGCUAGAAACUGAUAGCCAUGCAGAUGAGCUUGAAGCGAUGGAAGGACUCGUCAUGCCGGAAUAA